AUGGCCAUCUUAGGGACAGCGCUGAAUAGCAUCGGCGUGCUCUUGCUUACACAUGCUGUCUACUCGACCCACGAACAUACAGCAACAUUCACAAACACGCCCUUACCCCUCGACAUCUCGAUUGAGCUCCUCACCUCCAUCCUACUCCUCUCCCUCGGCAUCGUCAUUUCCUUUGCGCCGCUGAAGCCAAUACACUACGCACAAUGGGCGGGUCAGAUGUCACGACAAGGGCAGCAAAGCGAGGGUCGCUACACGAGGGAGGGUGAGGAGGUUUUGAGCGAGGGCGACCCGUAUGCCUUUCUCGGUCUGGAUGCAGGCAUUGGUGGGAACAGCGAAGGCAGGAGGGGAUUCUGGGAUGUAAAAGGAAAGAGGAAGGAAUUCGAGACAUGGAUGAGGCAAGGUGGAAAGUAG